AAAAUUACUUGACUUAUAUAGGAGGGCUGACAUGAGAAUUUUAUCAUAAACUCUUAGAAGGGCCAGUAUCAAUUCCUUCUCUUACACUGGAUGAACCAUUGGAACCUCUCUCUCUUUGUGCUCCUAAUUCUGAUGAAAUGGUUGUGCUGAAGGGAAUUGACAAAGGGGACAUAACAAGUAGUGGUGCUACUAAGAUGCCUAAAGAUGGGCUCGCAAGCCAGAACUCUAUUGAGUUUGCUCAUUUAAGACAAAACAAGACUGGAGGUGCAGAAGAUAUGUCAAAUGCCAUUGAUUCUAAAGAGGAAAGAUCUGACAUUCCGAAUAACAGUUAUUCACAUUAUUCAGAGGGUUCAUUGCAUGAAAAGCAUAGGGGAUACCUUAACCUCAAUACUAUUAUUAAGAGGCGGCCAUCUAGAGUUUUCAAGGGUGAAGCAGAAUCUAAGAAGCCUGCUCCGGAGGACCUUCUCCUUCACUACAAAGAUCCUCAAGGAGAAAUUCAAGGCCCUUUUUCAGGGGUUGACAUCAUAGGUUGGUUUGAGGCAGGGUUUUUUGGGAUAGAUUUGGAAGUCAGGCUUGCAAGUGCACCGAAGCACUCUUCUUUUUCCUUACUUGGUGAUGUAAUGCCUCACUUGCGAGCUAAAGCAAAACCACCUCCUGGAUUUGAUGUGUCAAAACAUGGGGAACUCCCAGAUUUGUCAAGCAGGCCAAAAUUUAGUAGCCUUGGAAAAGUUCAUGCAGGUGCAAAUGAGAUUGAUAUGAGUAGAAACGAACAAAGGUUGAAAACUGAAGCUGAAAGUAAGUUUUUGGAGUCUCUUAUGUCUGGUGCCAUGAGCAAUCCAUUCCAAGGUCUGCAAGGUUAUCGUACAAAUAAUCUUAGUGGCUCUCCGUUAUCUGGAAUAGAAAAUGGGAGUGAUCUCUAUCUCUUGGCAAAGAGAAUGACACUUGAAUGGCAGAAAUCAUUACCAGAAGAUUCCCCUUAUUGUCCAGGGAGAGAUACUGCACCUGUAGUUUCAAAACCAGAAAAGUUAACCUCCACUAUAUCUCAAGAAUCCCUACUGCUAAAUAUGUUGCAGCAGCUACAACCCCAGAUGCCAGUAUCAACACAACAUAUGUUGCUUGAGAAGAUCAUGUCACUUAUGCAGCAACAGAAACGGGAGGAACAACAACAGUUGUUACGGCAACAACAAUUGCUUUCACAGGUUUUGCAAGAACAUUGUCCCCAGCAGUGUUUGGGUGACCCCUCUUAUGGACACAUACAGACUACUACAAUGCCAACAGUGAAUGCAUCUGUGGAUACCACUCAACUGCAGCCAUCAUCACAAGAUGUGCUUCAGAUUGGUUCACAGGUACAACUUCCUGGCACCCAAGAUGAACAAGCUAAUAACUACAUGAUUCUGCCUCCACAAAUUUCCAAUGAUAUCAAUUAUGUUGUUAGUUCUGAAUCCCCUCUUUUGCAUCUACCUCACCAGAUGUUCGGUCAGAGAAGAUGGGGGACUAACAGCCCGGAGCUGGUUAAUGACACCCAAAAGUCUUUGCCAGUGACUACAAUUGUUGAAAGCUCGCUAGCGGACUUAUCUUCCGGGGAGACUUCUUCUGACUGCCGCACUCUUACAUUGGCUCAGUCACGGGACUACACUCAGAAGAUUGAUAGAAUUUUACCAAGUGUCACCUCAGUGAAUGAUGUGUGUGGAAGCAUAGAGCAACUUGGAAUUUCUACUGCUAGAACCUAUAAAAUUGAUUUGCCUGUUAAUGAGGGUGUUCAACUUACUGCUAAAAUUGUUGAACUGCCAGUUGAGAGAGAGAGAAGCAACAAUCAUCCUUCUGCGGUGAGAGAAAAGAAUGUUGAAGCUUGUGAGGUAAGAAAAGCUUCAGAAAAGAAGUCUAGAAAACAAAAAUCUAGUAAAUCACAAGUUCUGAUCAGGCUAAGGGAGUUGCCAAUGAUUCCUCUUUGGUGCAAUUGAAGCCAUCUGAAGAGCCUGUUGUGUGUGAU